AUGUAUAAUUACAGUAUUACACCUCAUGGACUAGUAUUGCUAGUCAUAUCAGAGGUAACGAUCCCAUUGAAACAUCGCACUCUACCAUUCUUUCUAGCACUUUAUAUAAUCAACAUUGGCGAAGGUGGUCAUCGUCCCUGCAUUCAGACCUUUGCCGCUGACCAAUUUGGCGACCAUCUCCCUUCUGAGAAAGCCACAAAGAGAUCAUUUUUCAACUGGUGGUAUUUGGGUAUUGUACUUGCAGGUACUACUGCCACAUUGAUUGUCCCGUAUGUUCAAGGCAAGUAUGGGUGGGGUUGGGGAUAUGGGAUAUCUGGGGUGGUCGUGGCUGUGGCACUCGUAGUGUUUUUAGCUGGGAAAAGUACAUAUCGCCAAGAGGCUCCAGUUGGAAGCUCAGUUACAAAGGUGGCACAAGUGGUGGUCGCAGCCUUUAAGAAACAGCGUUUGUCACAUGAAAAUCGUUUUCAACUGUGUCUUAUUGAGGCAGGGGAAAGUAGCCAAGCUAUGACUAGAAAUUUGGCUCAUACUAACCAGUUCAGAUUUUUGGACAAGGCAGCAUUCAUAGACGAAAUUGACAUGUCAUUGGACAAAAAGGACAGCUGGAGGCUCUCCACCGUGAACCAAGUCAAACCGGUGAAGAUCCUUUUCCGCCUAAUUCCCAUAUGGUUAUCUUGCUUGAUGUUCACUGUGGUCAUAGCCCAGAUCCACACUCUAUAUACAAAACAAGCCAGCACCUUAAAUCGUACCAUCUGGUCCAAUAACCACGAACUCCAACCAGCAUCUUUUCAAGUCAUCACAGGCCUAACCAUCCUAGCUGCUGUUCCAAUCUACGAACGCCUCCUCAUCCCAACCGCUAAACACCUGACAGGCAACCCCUUCGGAAUCACAAUGCUUCAACGCAUAGGAUGCGGGAUUUUCUUCUCCAUAUUGACCAUGAUGAUAUCAGCGCUAGUCGAAUCCAAAAGAGUCAGAAUAGCAACACAACAUGGACUAAUAGACCGUCCAAAAACAACUCUUCCAAUGAGUGUAUGGUGGCUGGUGCCACAGUACGUCCUGAUGGGGAUCUCGGACGUGUUCACCAUUGUCGGAUUGCAGGAGUUGUUUUAUGAUCAGGUCCCGGAGGAGAUGAGGAGUAUGGGAGCUGCAGCUUAUUUGAGUAUUGUGGGUGUAGGGAAUUUUAUCAGUAGUGCAUUGAUAUCUUUGGUACAAGUGAUUACUGCAAAACAUGGUGAUGAAUGGUUGAAAGGGGAUAAUUUGAAUAAGGCACAUCUUGAUUAUUUUUAUUGGCUUUUGGCAUGUUUGAGUGGGUUGAGUUUGGUUUUCUAUGUCCCUUUGGCUAAAGGUUUCAUUUACAAGAAGCUUCAAAGUGAUGGGGAAGUUAUGAUAAUUUGAGGUGUUUGGCACUAUAUAGAUAAAUCUACAUGUAAAUAAUGCUGGAUCUACAUGUUAAAAUUUCACUUUUAUAUAAGAAAUUUCAUAGGA